AUGCUCAAGUCGCAAACUGUCGGUCUCGUGCAUCUGUCCGACUUUCGCAAACGUCGCGCCGAGGUUUUGGAACAAAAGGAGCGCGAGGCGCAUGACAAGUCGCUAGGACGACUAGCAUCUGGUAUUUCAAGAAGCGCAACUCCCUCCACCGGCGAAGUGACUGACGGAUCUUCGACGCCACGAAGUGACGGUCCGCCUAAGAAGAAGAAAAAGAAGCCUCUUAUCAAAAGCAAGCUUUCUUUUGGUGACGAUAAUGAAAACGAGGAUACCGGGGAAGAGUCCGUGGCAACUCCGCGUGACUCGAGCACAUCGCGAUCAGGUUCAAAGACUCCCACUGAAGAGGGUGCUACAUCUGCGGCGCGUCGCAUGAAGGCGAACCCGAAUGCGCCACCUCCUCCAAAGGCAAUGACGAAGGCUGCGAUGGAAGCCGAGGCACAGGCUCGCGACACACUCCGCAAGGAGUUUUUAUCGAUGCAGGAAGCGGUGAAGAAUACCGAGAUUGUGAUUCCCUUUGUAUUCUUUGACGGGACAAGCAUACCGGCUGGAUCGGUCAAGGUCAAGAAGGGCGAUCAUGUGUGGUUGUUCCUGGACCGGUGCCGCAAGGUCGGCGCUGAGUUGGGAGUGGGAGGUGCCAAUGGAGCCUCAAAAGCCCGAAAAGAUACUCGGCGUGAAUGGGCCCGAGUCAGUGUCGAUGACCUGAUGCUGGUCAAGGGUGAUGUGAUUGUUCCACAUCACUAUGAGUUCUACUAUUUCAUUGCUAAUAGAGUGCCGAGUUUCUCAAAGACCGGCGGUCUACUCUUUGAUUACUCGGAUAAACCCUCAGAAACCAGUGAUGACCCCUUAAAUCACCCCGACGAUCAAUUAGAAGGCGCAGACAAAGAUUCCAGUGAGACCAAAGUAGUGGAUCGUCGCUGGUAUGAAAAGAACAAGCAUAUCUACCCCGCAAGUCUUUGGAAUGAGUACGAGCCAGGAAAGGACUUUGAAGAGAAGAUGACUUCAACCCGGCGUGAUGCGGCUGGAAAUACAUUUUUCUUUUAG